AUGGCGCUUCAUUCCAGUACUACAGCGUUCCGUUCGAUUUCUACUGCCUUUGGUGGUAUUAUUCAUCGAACCACCCGAAUUUCUUCUCGCAACCCCAUUGAGAUGGUGGUCGUUACCCUCAUUUUGGCGUCGUUUUGCUAUUUUUACCUCUUCAACCUUGCUCGUACUUCAGACAUCUUCUCGGGCACAGUGACACGCCUAUACCCCACCUCUGUCAUUGCAACAAACGGUGACUCUUCAUUCACAACGCUCGAUCGCACGCUCAAUGAUAAUCAUCCACUCCCUGCUGAUGCUAUCAAGAUCCAAGUCAAGCAGGUGGUUGUAACGGAUCCUGACCAUGGCAACGACGUCCUCAAUCAUCAUACAUUGUCAUCGCUUUUACACUUUCAGAAUAUGGUUGAAAACGACAUUUACGUGCCAGACAGUGCAUCCGUGAAACGAUUUGCUUUCAACAAUGAUUUAUGCUACAAGUCAUCAGCUUCAAAUCAAUGCUUUGUUCAAUCACCUUUGCAACUAUGGCCCUCUCCUUCCGACAUCUUGAAUACCGACACCGACAUUACAAAGACCCUUGCAAAGCAUCCUGAAUUGGCCAAGGUUGUUUUUGGAGACUUGGUGCUUGAGGAUAAUGAGGCAUCUGCACAUUCCAUGAUCGUUUCGUAUGCAUUCAACGCAACGGGCGUGUUUCGACAGCACUUGGCAGACCUUUGGGAACACAAAGUGGCCACCCUUGCACAAGGCGAUUUAGUGUCAUUGUCCAAUGUCGGCCAACAGCAUGACAAUGUCUUUUCUUGGUUCUUUACUAUCACCCGCAAUGUUGUUAUUCGUAUCAAGGAGCUCAUUGAGGUGGCUGACAAUGUUGACGUCGCUGUCAUUUUGGCUGGGUAUCUCAUGAUGAUUGCAACCUUUGUAUCACUGUACACAAACAUGCAUGCAAUGGGAUCGCGAUACACUCUUGCAACCGCUGUGGUGCUUAAUGGCUUCUUUUCGUUCAUGCUUGCCUUGUUGACGGUGCACAUGCUUCAUGUGGAUGUUUAUCCUGUUGUACUAGCUGAAGCAAUCCCGUUCUUGGCAGUGACAAUUGGAUUCGAGCGUACACUCAAGUUGACCAAGCGAGUUUUCCAAAUCAGCAGAGAAACGCCCAUCACACGACAAAACAUUCGCAAGACCGUUAUCAAGGCUGUGGAUUCUGUUUCAUCAUCGAUUGCUCGUGAUUGUCUUAUGGAAAUUGUCGUUCUUACUAUUGGCGCCAAAUCUGGUAUCUCGGGUCUACGCGAAUUUUGUUUCUUGAGCGCCAUCUUGCUUGCCUACGACUUUAUCUUUAUGUUCACUUGGUACACGGCUGUUCUCACUCUCAAGUUGGAGUUGACCCGCAUUCGAGCCAUCAAUGGUACAAUGGGAACGGCUGCCAAGAAUGGACACAAAAAGACUGCACCAAACACCGGUUACAUACGUCGUACAGUGGCCAAGAUUUUUAGCGAUGCCGAUGCCACUCAUCCAAACAAUGACCGCGUGGAUAGCUCAGUUAUCAGCCGUGCCAAACUUAUGAUGAUUGUUGGGUUUGUGGGUAUCCAUGUAUUCAAGCUCUGUUCGACAUUCCAAUAUCAGGGUCCCCAAGUCAACAUUGAAGAGCCCAGCAUUGCCAGUGUUUUGGAAAAGUUGCUCAUGUCACAUCGCAUGUCGGCACAGAAUAGCCGGCCAUUGAUUGUUGAAGUUUUCCCGCCACUUCCUUUCCACAUUGCAUCCUUGGCCAAAAAAUCAUUUAUCCCGGAUGCUAUUGCCAAGCCGUUGGAUUCACUUCUCAGCACAUCCGCCGUUUACAUUCAACAUCCCGUCAUCAGCAAACUCCUAUCACUUGCCCUCUUUGUGUCAUUGUUCCUUAACACCUACUUGUUCAAGGUGGUGCGUCAGCCCAAACAAUCCGAAGAACGUGAAAAGAAUGUCGUCAUUGAUAGCAGCAGCAGCAACAAAUCAUCUCCUAUCGUCAACACAACCCCUGCACCUGUUACUGCUACUACUGUAUCCAAGGUUUCUUCUCCUUCAGAUGUGAUUCGACCCGUGGAUGACUGUAUGGCCUUGAUCAAGACACCAGAGGCAUUGAAUGAUGAAGAAGUGAUUGCUCUCGUGCAAAAUGGCAAGCUUGCAUCUUAUGCUUUGGAAAAGGUGUUGGGUGAUCUUACACGUGCAGUGCGUGUGCGACGUGCCUUGAUUUCUCGUGCUUCCGUAACCAAGACGCUUGAAGACAGCUUGUUACCUAUCAAUGAUUACCAUUAUGACAAGGUGUUUGGAGCAUGUUGUGAGAAUGUUAUUGGAUACAUGCCAUUGCCAUUGGGUAUUGCAGGCCCUCUCAAUAUCGACGAAAUCAGCACACACAUUCCCAUGGCAACCACCGAAGGUUGCUUGGUAGCAUCGACGGCACGUGGCUGCAAGGCAAUUAAUGCUGGCGGUGGAGCAAGAACCAUUGUUACCAACGACAUGAUGGCACGUGGACCAUGCAUCAGCUUUGCAAGUGUUGUACGAGCUGGUGAAUGCAAGCGAUGGAUUGAACAUGAAGGCCAUAGUAUUGUUGCAGAUGCAUUCAAUUCAACUUCUCGAUUUGCUCGUUUACGUAAACUCAAGGUGGCCCUUGCUGGCAAAUUGGUGUUUGUACGAUUCUCCACAUCAACGGGCGAUGCCAUGGGCAUGAAUAUGAUUUCAAAGGGCUGUGAAAAGGCAUUGAGCGUCAUUUCAGACUACUUCCCGGACAUGCAAAUCAUUUCACUUUCAGGCAACUAUUGUACGGAUAAGAAGCCAGCUGCUAUCAAUUGGAUUGAAGGUCGUGGCAAAUCAGUGGUUGCUGAAGCUGUGAUUCCUGGUGCUAUUGUUGAAAAGGUUCUCAAGACUACUGUAUCGGCUAUUGUUGAAUUGAAUAUCAGCAAGAACUUGGUGGGUUCAGCCAUGGCAGGCUCAGUGGGCGGUUUCAAUGCACAUGCUGCCAAUAUCCUUACAGCCAUCUAUCUUGCCGCCGGUCAAGAUCCUGCACAAAACGUUGAAAGCAGCAACUGUAUCACCCUUAUGGAAGCUGUCAAUGAGGGUCAAGAUUUGCAUAUUUCAUGUACGAUGCCUAGUAUUGAAGUGGGCACCGUGGGUGGUGGUACCAUUCUUCCUCCUCAACAAGCUGUUCUUGAUAUGCUUGGUGUACGUGGUCCACAUCCCACGAAUCCUGGUGACAAUGCACGUCGUCUUGCUCGUAUCAUUUGUGCUGCUGUCAUGGCUGGUGAACUUUCUUUGUGUGCUGCAUUAGCAGCUGGUCAUCUUGUCAAGGCUCACAUGGCUCAUAAUCGUGCAACCGCUACCACAUCAUCAGCAUCUCCCCCAACACCCGCUGCCACUCCCGUACCUGGCUCAUGUAUCAAGUCAUAA